AUGCCUCGUCCGGAGCUUCAAUACGAUAACAAUGGUAAGCUCACCAUCAAAUUCGACUAUAACAAUUCCACAGCUGUGUCUUGCCUUUCACAAUAUGCCUCGCGUGUCCGAACAAUACACUUCGAAAUCACAUUCCCAGCCCCAAACUACAACGAUCCUGAUCUCACGAGAGUCACAGGAGAAAUCGAGGAUAUCGUCAACAUUAUCAACAACGAAUUCACAAACGUAUCUCAAUUCGAAGUAACAUUCUUCCUACAAAGACUCGAUGUAAAUCAGCUCUCAAGUGCUCGUGCUUUUCGAAAGCUCAAUCUCAGAGGAUGCGAAUUGACUUAUUUUGUCGAAGGUGAGUGCACGGAUAUAGUUGAUAUGGAUACGGACUGGCUUGAGGAACUCGAACCUGUAUAUGGUAGGCCGAGUUAUAGUAACUAUUUUCCUGGUGAUAGCGAUGAGGACGGGUAUGUAUGGUCGGCUUCGGAUUCGGAGUAG